AAUGAAACUAGCUAGCUCUAAAGAAACAUCAUUAGAGUUUUACGAGCUACUCUAUGAAUAGCUCAAUUGGCAGUCUGCGAAAUUGUGAGGAUAAGAAUUUGUCAUCCAGCCAAAGCAUUGUCUGAGAAUCUUUGCAUGUGGUGGCGACUGGCGACUGGCGACUGGCGAGUGCUCAUACAAAUUUGGAGGCAGAAGGCCCAACUCAUCGAGCGCGACAUAAUUGGGCCGACUCGUCAGGUCCAAAGCGCCGGGGCGGGAAACCGGUGCGGGUACGACGGAGCAUCAGUCAUUCGUAGCGGGGAGACUUCUACGAAGGUCGUCACGUCAGUGCUCAGUCGCCUCAUUUCUCCUCACUUCUCCAGAAAAUGUCGCCCGAUACAUAGAGAGAGAUUCCGAGCGAUAGAUUCGUGUUACGAGCGGAGCGGAAAGAGAUAGAUAGAAACAAAGAGUCGAAGAUAGAAAAGGAAAAGGAAGAUGAAGAAGAAGAAGGAUUUCGGAAUUCUUGCCCUGCUCAUUCUCUCUCUUCACUUGCGAAUCAGUUUCUCUUCUGGGAAAUCAGAGGGGGUCUGUGUCUCUAAAGGUGGUCGUUUCCCACCGUACUCAACUGAAAGCCAACCUCCUAAAAAGGUAAGCAAGGGUCCCAGAGAUUUGACCCUUUGCAGGGUCUUUCGCAAAAAGACUUGCUGUGAUGUAGCUCAGACGUAUCCUGCUUUGCUGUCCCUUAGGAGGCUGGCUUCAGUGGGGGAAGCCAAAGAAUCAUGCUUGCAGUUAUGGGAAGCCUUGGAAUGUUCGAUUUGUGAUCCGUUAGUCGGUAUCCAGCCUGGACCUCCUGUUAUAUGUGCUUCUCUUUGUGACCGAGUCUUUCAAUCCUGUGGUGAUGCUUACUUCUCCAUGGAUUCCAAAACACGGUUUCUAGCACCAUGUGGAGUGAACGACUUUCUCUGCGGUAGAGCUGGAGAGUGGGUGUCCAAUGGAACAGAUUUCUGCACUGCAUUGGGUUUCAGCGUUGAAGUUGCCGAGCAUUCAUACCGUGCUGCCAAUCAAGCUUCUUGCUAUGGUGGUAAACGCAGUCUUGAUCACAUUGCUGAUUCGUGGACUCAACCAGAGAUUCACCAGAGACCGGUCAGUUCGAGAUGGUCAGAAGGUUUCCAGCUAAGGGUGCUGGAGAUGUCAUUUAGUGAAAAGGUUUCUUGGGCUGUUGGAGGGAUGGUUCUUACUGCAGGACUCUUGUUCGUAAGCAAAAGGAAGAGUUACAGUCGGCGUCAGAAGCUAGCAGCUAUACAGAGGGCAGCUAGGAGACUGGAUGGAAAGAUGAACCAGUCUGAUGUGCAAGGGAAAAGAAGAGGGAAUCUAAGAUGAACGUUUCAUCCAAUUAUGAGCUUGAUCUUGGGUUGAGUACUAUGCUUUCUCUGGCUCUCGGAUUUGCUUUUCUCCAGACCGUAUUCUACAAGCUGUCUGCUGGAAUUUCAGAAUCGCCUAAUGCGAGGAUUAUUCAAUGCUUUAAGUUGCAAAAGAACUCGGGGGAUGUUUGUCAGGCUGUUGUACAAAAGAAGACAUGGUUGCCAUUUCCUUGUCAACCACCAUAGUUGGUCUCUUUGACAAUAGAUUUUUGCUCCGAUGGCUAGAAUAGUAGAAUGAGAAUGAGAAUGAGAAUGAGAAUGAGAAUGAGGCCUCUUAUUGAUCUCAGCUUAGUUUCAGAAUAUUGGUUCUGCUGCAUAUAUUGCCGAUCUAUGAAGUAUGAUUUGGGGCCAAUUACAAAAACAGUAGCUCUGAACUUUUUGGUCACUAACGUUGAUUGUUUAACGAUUUUUUCACUAAUAGG